AUGAAGGACCUGCAGGAGGCGGGCUGGAUAACGCCCCCAUCCCUGCACGUCGUUCGCAACCAUGGCGCGGUGCCCAAAAUCUCGUGGGAGAGCCACAAGCUUGUGAUCGAUGGCGUGCCACGCCCCUGCCAGCUGACCAUGGACGAUAUUACAUCUGGCAAGGUGGGCGAGAUCGUCAGCAUCCCCGUCAGUUUUAUCUGCGCUGGCAAUCGCCGCAAGGAGCAGAACAUGACCAAGAAGACAAUUGGCUUCAACUGGGGCCCUGGGGGGAUAGCCAACAGCGUCUGGACAGGCGUGCGCCUCUGCGACCUGCUGGAGUACGUCGGGAUUGCCAAGGCUACUCCCAAACACCGCUACGUGCACUUCGAGGGUCCGCCGGGCGAGCUGCCGCAGGGCAAGACGGGCUCCUACGGCACCUCUAUUGACAUGGGUUGGGCCAUGGACCGCGAGCGCGACGUGCUCCUGGCUUUCAAGCAGAACGGCGAGCUGCUCACCCCCGACCAUGGCGCCCCGCUGCGCACGCUGCUGCCAGGGUGCAUCGGCGGGCGCAUGAUCAAGUGGCUCCACAAGAUGUGGGUGUCCGAUCAGCCAUCCGAGAACCACUACCACUUCUUCGACAACCGCGUGCUGCCCCCGCACGUGGACGCCGAGCUGGCCACGGCGGAGGGCUGGUGGUACAAGAACGAGUACAUCAUCAACCACUUCAACAUCAACUCUGCCAUGUUCGAGCCCAGGCACAAUGCCGUCUUCAACCCGGGCCCGAGCAGGGACCGGACCCUGAGGGUGUCCGGCUACGCCUACGCAGGUGGUGGCUCGAAGGUUAUCCGUGCAGAGAUUUCCUUAGACGGGGGCAAGAGCUGGGAGAUCACGGACCUCGCGCGCCCCGAGGACGAGAUCGCCGCAGCCCGCGGCACGGACAAGCACUGGUGCUGGGGCUUCUGGGAGACCGAGGUGGACCCCGAGCGCCUGCGGGACUGCCGCGAGAUCGCGUGCCGCGCCGUGGAUUCCAACCAGAAUUUUCAGCCAGCGGAGCUGACCUGGAACGUGAUGGGCAUGUGCAACAACUGCAUUUUCCGUGUCAAGGUACAUCAUCGGGACGAUGGAAGCAUGUGGUUCGAGCACCCAACCCAGCCAGGCACAGAGACCGGCGGCUGGAUGACGGAGGACGCCGGCAAAUUCGACCCGGCUAAGGAAAGCGAAGCUGCGCCUGGCGCGCGUGGCGUGGCGCCGAAGCGGCCUGUGGCUGCCAUCUUCCAGACCUCCCAGGUCACCCAGGUCCCCGAAACGCGCGUUGCGAAGAACAACGUGGCAGGCAAGCUCGUGAGCCACAGGUGGAGCAAAAUUCUCGAUUGGGUUCUGAACGGCAUCCCAAUGUCCGAAAUAGAGAAGCAUAACAAGGACGGUGAUGCUUGGAUCGUUGUCGAGGGCCGCGUUUACGAUUGCACACCGUACCUCGAGGACCACCCCGGCGGUGCGUCCAGCAUCCUGCUGCUGGCGGGGGGCGAGUCCACAGAAGAUUUCACGGCUGUGCACUCCAAGAAGGCAUGGGCGAUGCUCGAGGAUUAUUUCAUUGGCCCAGUGGCGACUGAGAACGGCGGCUCGAAGGAGGAGGCGAAACGUGGACAGGUCGAGGAGGUUGACCCCAGCAAGCCAUUCUUGCAUCCGCGCAAGGCGCAGAAGCUCCCGCUGGUAGAGAAAAUUGUCGUAUCCCAAGACACGCGCAUCUUCCGAUUCGGCCUCCCACAUCCAGAGAUGAGGCUCGGCCUUCCCACUGGAUGUCACAUGUUCCUGAGGGCCAAGGUCAACGACGAGGUUGUCAUGCGACCGUACUCCCCCAUGACCGACGACAGUACCGUUGGCCACGUGGACUUGCUCGUGAAGGUCUACUUCAAGGGCGUCCACCCGAAGUUCCCCGACGGUGGCAAGAUGUCCCAGCAUUUGGAGUCCAUGCAGAUCGGCGACACAAUCGACGUGAAGGGCCCUCUAGGAGAGUUCAUAUACAAGGGACUCGGCUCUUUCACAUGGAAGGACCAGCCGCGCCAGUGCAACCUCAUAAACCUGAUCGCUGGCGGAACUGGCCUCACGCCUUGCUGGCAGGUGGCGCAGGCCGCCCUGCGCACAGCCGGCGACGAGACGCAGCUGCGGCUCUUGUACGGAAACGCGACUCCAGCCGACAUCCUGAUGCGCGAUACGUUGGAUGGCCUCGCGAAGAAAUAUCCAGGCCGCUUCCAGGUCUGGUACACGGUGGACCGUGUGCCCGAGGGCGAAGAGUGGGAAUACGACACCGGCUUCAUCAGCGAGGCGAUGAUCAAGGAUCACCUCUUCCCCGCCAGCGAGGAGACCAUCACCCUCAUGUGCGGCCCUGUGCCAAUGGUGAAGUUUGCGUGCAAGCCGAACCUCCAGAAGCUUGGCCACGCGGAAUCCUCCCUGUUGGUGUUUUGA